AUGAGAUUAUUUGAAAGGGUAGUUUAUAAACAGGAGAUUGCGUCUGCAUUCAAAUCCGUGAUCGGACGAGAUCAAUUUGCUUAUAAAGAGGGAACAAAUACUACCGAUGCUCUGAUUAUGUGUUUGCAUCAUUGGCUCAAGUGGCUGGAUGAAGGUGCAGACUCUGUUAGG